GCCUUUCCCGCGAAGGCCAAACACCAUUUAAAUCACGCGUUAAGCAAUCCACGAGCUUGUCUCGCGCACAAAAAGCUUGAAGGAAGGACCGGGUUUCUGAGGUUCAGGUCGCAGUCUCGAUGAUGGACCGUGGGAGCCACCUAUAAUUCCAGAAGGUGACAGAGCAUCGGAGCAUCCUGAAUCCCGACGAGGCCAAGACAUUCAGAAAUCGCCGGAGACACCCACGCCUCGCGAUGCUCUCUUCUAUUGCCAAGAUGUCUCUGCGAUCUCCUAUUCUUCUGAUUGGCUGAAUCAUUGCGUCGAAGGAGAGAUUGUGAAUCACUUGCCCUCUUCAGACCGGACUGUUGGCAAUAAUUGGUUCCGAGCCGACAUGAAAGUUUGGCGCACGCAGGAGAAGUGUGUGUGGAGAAAUUGACUACACCGGUGUCAGAGAAUGCAACGAGUUGGAGAUAAGCUAGAGCAGAUGAACAAGCAGGACAGAUUCCCGAAUCAUAUAUG